AUGGAGGAAUCGUUUUCCAUGGAGAUAUAUUGCCUUGCAACGUGUUCUUAUUUGAUGGACAAGCAAAGCUUGGUGAUUUUGGACGUGAUGACUAAAUGCUUUGAUGUUGGGGGUGAGAUAAAGAACUUGAAAGGUGCUGAAAAAAUAUUAUCGGAGAUGGUGAGAGUAGUAGAGUUGAAGUUAAAGAAACAGUUGAAAAGAGCAGCCAAAUCGAUCGUUGGGGGCUUGUCGAACGAGAACUCAUCCAUCACAGCAUCAAAGAUAUUGGAAAAGAUGCAUGUGGCUUAG